CCAUGCUUGUGGUCGACGGCUCCUUUGAGGAGCAGAUAGACGAGCUCGCACAGUACAUUGACUCCAUCGCAGAGGGCGAGUCCAAGUUGCAGGAACAAAUCGAAGCGUGCCUGCAAAAAGACGACAAGGAGGCAGCCAUCAAGGCCGCUGUCGACGCAGGCAGCGCGAUAAACAAUGCUGCAGAGAAAGAUUUCGAACCAUCAUACAACUUGUUGCUAUAUAUCCUGCUCCAGGCGGACGAGCCACAGACGCUUCUGCCGACGCUCCUCUCAUCACUGACACAGGCACGCUCACACAGCGUUGUUCAAGUCUACAAGAUCCUGUGGACAGUCUUCAAUGUGGUUCCGCAACCUGCAAAGCUCGAUGCAUUCAAAGCGCUGCUUCAAUUCAGCCAAGCACAAGGCCUGCAAGACACGCUCCUUCCGAAAGUAGCGAAGCAAGUGGGUGGGUGGCUCUCAGAGUGGUCUGCUUCACCGCAACAGGCAAAGGAGAUUUACCAGCUGCUCGGUGCACUUGCGUCGAAGCAACAGCCAGAAGCGACACCCAAUAAGGCUGAUUUUUUGGUCAAGGCGUGUGAGCAGCAAGCAGAGGCAGAUGAAGCCCUGGCCACAGAGACCGUGGUCGCUUGUUUGAAUGAGCCAAGCCGGCUGAUGCUCAAUGAUGUGCUUGUCUUGCCGCCUGUACGGCAACUGAAGGGCGAGCCACUCUAUGCACUGCUGAGCCUUUUGACAACUGGCAAUUGUGCAGAGUACAAGCAAUUCCUACAAGAGAACAAGUCUCUGUUGUCUCAGUAUGAGUUGAACGCUGAGGUGCUCGAAAGCAAAUUCAAGCUACUAACACUCGCCUCGCUGGCUGCUGCACAAAACAACAGGAAGCUGCGGUAUGCAGAUAUUGCCUCUGCGCUAGAUAUUGCAGAGUCUGAGGUGGAAGUAUGGGUGAUUGAUGCAAUUCGAGCCGGUGUCGUGGAAGGUAAGCUGAGCCAGACCUCGGAGACCUUUCUGGUGCACCGCGCAACGAUGCGUGUCUUUGAGCAUGAGCAGUGGGAGGAGGUGAGUGCAAAACUUGCCUCGUGGCGGGAAUCGCUUCAGGGCAUCAUGGAGCUUGUCGACAAUGUGCAGGCUGAGAAUGGCGAAACCCAAGUGCCUGUUGCAAACAACUUUGAGCCGGAGGAGGAGGAAGUUGCUGCUGAGGAUGCGACAGAGGAAGCUGAACGGAGCGAGGUUGCUUCUGUUGGAUCAAUGGAUGAGAAUGCAGACUAA